AUGAAUUGGCGAAUGGACGACGGCGGCGACGUGAACAAUAACGAGAUGGGAGAUUCGCAACAAAAGCAACGACAACAACAGCAAAAACGGACGAGUUCGGGUGGCGCCGCUUCAACAUCAAGAAGAAGAGACUAUUACGACGAUUCAGACGACGAGAACAACUCGUACGACAACAGGAGAGGCAGAGGAGGAGGACGAGGAGGGAGGAAAAAUUUUAACAACAACAACAACGGCGGCGGUCGAGGAGGAGGAGAAAGAGGACGAGGACGAGGGCAAACACAAACAUCGACGAGGAAUAGUAACAACAACAGUUAUUACGGAAACGACGAGUACGAGAAUAGCUCUCCCUAUUAUUAUAACAAUCGCGACCGGCAAGGAGGAAGAGGAGGAAACUACAACGAUAACAAGCCGGCGUAUUUACAAAGAAAAGAGGAGCGGAAAGCGACGAGAGAACAACCAACCUUACGAGAGAUGGCUCUCGGUGAAGUCAUUUUUGGACAGAAUCCCGUGAAAGAGGCGUUGUUGCAAAAUAAGAGGGACGAGUUUUACAGACUGUGGAUCCAAGAAGGCGACGGGGGAAGCUAUUCGUCGGACGAGAAGAUGAUUGCCAGAGCGAAAGAGUUGGGAUGUACGAUUUCGUACGCCACGAAACACGAUUUGAACAUGCUGACAGAAUCGAGACCGCACCAAGGCGUCGCUUUAGAUUGCACGCCUUUGGAAAUGGAAAACAUCGAAAGUUUGUUGGAGGAAAAUGGAAGUGGAAAGAACGCCGCGGAGACCGAAAGGAACCGCGAACAUUCUCUCUGGCUCGCGCUCGACGAAAUCAUCGACCCGCAAAAUUUCGGCGCCAUUCUCCGAACGGCGCACUUUUUAAACAUCGACGGCGUCGUCGUGUGCGCGAAGAAUUCCGCGCCUCUCUCACCAGUCGUCUCCAAAGCCUCUUCUGGGGCAAUGGAAACGAUUAAAGUGUACCAAACGAACGCCAUGCACAAGUUUCUCGCCAAGUGCGUCGACGACGGUUUCAACGUCAUCGGUUUAGCCAACCAAAGCGGCGCGGAAAACGUCUCCAACUUAUCUUUGAAUCAACCAACGGUUUUAGUCGUAGGAAACGAAGGCUCUGGUUUACGAACGAACGUUCGCAGAGCGUGUUCGAGGAUUGCUAAAAUCGAAGGCGGCGGCGAUGAUGAAAACAACGCGACGACGAAUACCAACAACAAAACCACCAGCGUCGAGUCGUUAAACGUCAGCGUGGCGACUGCAAUCGCGCUCUUCCAGCUCACAUCAUCAUCAUCAUCAUCAUCAUCAUCAUCGGAGUAG